GCUCCCCUCCCCGACUUCCCCACCCUGCCCCCGGUGCCAUGGCGUCCAGCGAGGAGGACGGCACGGUCGAGGAGAAGGAAAACAACAACAAGAAGCGGACGAAAAGCGCCCUCGCCACCGCAUGGCUCACCUUCUACAACAUCGCCAUGACCGCCGGGUGGCUGGUUUUGGCGAUUGCAAUGAUGCGCUUCUACAUCCAGAGAGGCACACACAAGGGUCUGUACAGGAGUAUAGCGAGGACACUCAAGUUCUUCCAGACCUUUGCAUUAGUUGAGGUGGGACAUUGUGCCAUCGGAAUCGUGAGGACUUCUGUGAUUGUAACCGGGGUUCAAGUGUGUUCACGGAUUUUCAUGGUUUGGUUCAUCACCAACAGCAUCAGACAGAUCCAGAAUGAAGAAAGCGUAAUCCUAUUCCUGGUCGUGUGGACGGUGACGGAGAUCACCAGAUAUUCCUACUACACAUUCAACCUGCUCCACCACCUGCCGUACUUCAUCAAAUGGGCCAGAUACAACCUCUUCAUCGUCCUGUACCCUCUGGGGGUCGUCGGGGAGCUGUUCACCAUUUACGCCGCUCUGCCGUUUGUGCGCAGGUCCGGGAUGUACUCCAUGAGGCUUCCCAACAAGUACAACGUGUCGUUUGACUACUACUACUGCCUCAUCAUCGUCAUGCUGUCCUACAUCCCACUGUUUCCUCAGCUGUUCUUCCACAUGCUGCGGCAGAGGAGAAGGGUGCUUCACGGGGAGGUCAUCGUGGAGAAGGACGACUAGACGUGCACCACCUCGGGCCUUUGUUUGAGCCAGCCUGCCUCCACCUCCAUCACCCUCACCCCUCCUCCCCCACCGCUCACAUCAUGGCCGUUAACACUCUUCAUUGCACAGGACGGGAGAUCGGUCGCGGAGAUGACGGCGACCACCAGCGAUAACUCCUCCUAAGUUGUUUCUUUACAGGUUUGAUUCCUAACCUGAAUUAUUAUAUCGGAAACGGGUUUACAAUCCAAACCAGUGUUGCUGGAGCUCGAGACAGAAGCCUGGCGCUGUGUCUCAGCACAAAUUUACCCAUCAGCCUCGCCGCGUCUUGUUGCACCAAACAUGAAAAACACGAGCCACCACACUUUCACCCUGAAGGAGAACGAGGCAAACGAGAGGCGUGCGGGGGAAAUUUGAAAUGAAACAUGGGAAGAAGUUUGUAAGUUGUAAGAGUCCCAGCGUCACUUCCAUCUUACAAAAUUGGCACUUUUUUUUUUCUUUUUUUUCAGGUGUAUUCCACCACCACAGGUUUUAUACAAACAUAGAGUGGCUGUAAAACAGAAGGUUCCAAAAAGAGAAAAAUAUUCAUCAUAUCAUACCUCAACAAUAAAUCUACAUGUAGACAAUA